ACUGGGUCACAUGACAACAUUUUACUCAGAACAUUCUGUACAGGCUCAAGGCACGACAAUGAGACGGUAACCAUUAGACAUUUGUACAGUAAGACAGUAGCACAAACUGAACAAGACACGAAUACUGUAAUAGGCAAUCUUUGAUAUAGACAAGACAAAGAGGGGAAGACAAGAAGUAAGGAUUCAACAAGAGGAAGAUCUUUUUUCAUGAAAAAUAUUUUCAAAUAACAAUACAAACACAAGCUGGUACACUGUUAGCACAGUACAUUUAAACCUGAUUUGUUCGCUUAUAUAUACGAAGUGCAAAUAAUUGUACUUGUAGCACUACCGAGAGAAGGUACAGAACAAAAAAAAAAAAAAAUAGUUGUUUUUUUUUAAGGCAACAGAGAGGUCCGGAAAGACAUGGAAUCAACUAAAGCUGGGGGUGUAAUAGCAUACAUUAGCUCCUCGAGCUCGUCUUUAAGCCCGGAGUCCUGCCAAAGUGACAGCUCCAGCAGUAGCUACCAGACUUCCUCGCCCUCCCUCUCCUCAUCUUCCAGCAGGAGGGGGCACUCAGCCGCAGAGAUUCACGUGUCUGGGGGGGUCCAGAGCCAUAGCAACCCUCACUGUACGACGAAAACCAGCCGUUCAUCUGCCAAGUGUGGAAUUACAAAGAUUAAUGGCAUGGUUCUACUCUGUAAAGUGUGUGGAGAUGUGGCAUCUGGAUUCCACUAUGGUGUUCAUGCAUGUGAAGGAUGCAAGGGUUUCUUUAGAAGAAGCAUUCAACAAAAUAUCCAGUACAAGAAGUGCCUUAAGAAUGAAAACUGCCCUGUUAUGCGAAUAAACAGAAACCGUUGUCAGCAGUGUCGCUUCAAGAAAUGCUUAUUAGUUGGAAUGUCCAGAGAUGCUGUUCGGUUUGGACGUAUUCCGAAGCGGGAAAAACAGCGCAUGUUGUUAGAGAUGCAGAGUGCCAUGAACAACAUGAUGAACAACACCCAGCUUAACGAGAAGCAGCCACCUGCAGAGUCAUUUCCAGAGCGACCUGGAGACUCUGGCACGUCAUCCUCCUUGACCUCACCUCUCCAGGAGCGGCAACAGGAACCAGAGUCACUGCAGUCUGAACUUGAAGAAAUGGAAACAGCCCAGACGCCCUCCCCAUCCAGCUCUGACAGUAGCGAAGAGGUCAUCGGCACUGUCACCAGGGCCCACAAGGAGACCUUCAUGUACAACCAAGAGCAGAACAGCUCUAUGAACAAAAAUUUUGUAAUCCAGCAGAGCGGAGGGAGGAUGAGUAUCGGCACUGAGGAGGAGCAUGGCUGGUACACCAGGAACAGCCACAAUGACUUUAGCAGCUAUAACGCCUACCACCACUUGGGCCACGGGAACCUGCACAUGACCGAAGAGCAUCGCAGAAAUGACACUCUGGCACACUGUCCCAGCAGGCUAGCCAAUGGACUGAACAACGGGCACUGCACUGGCUUUUCAAAUGGCUUGUACAAUACCCUGAAUGCCAGCAAAACACCUGAAAACGACCCGAUGACCAGAAAGAGUUUCAGCGGGCCUGUGUGGACAGGAGGAAACAGGAUGCAUCUGGUGUGUCCUAUGGGAAUGUCCCCUUAUGUUGACUCCAGUAAAUCAGGACAUGAUAUUUGGGAGGAGUUUUCUAUGAGCUUCACCUCUGCAGUACGAGAGGUGGUGGAGUUCGCAAAGCGUGUCCCCGGGUUCCGAGACCUCUCUCAGCACGACCAGGUCAGCCUGCUGAAAGCUGGCACAUUUGAGGUUUUAAUGGUGCGCUUUGCAUCCUUGUUUGAUGCUAAGGACCGUACUGUCACUUUCCUGAGUGGAAAAAAAUACAGUGUGGAUGCACUGCGUUCCAUGGGAGCAGGAGACUUGCUGAACUCAAUGUUUGAGUUCAGCGAGAAACUAAUUGCUCUGCAGCUCAGUGAAGAGGAGAUGAGUCUGUUCACAGCGGUUGUUCUGGUUUCUGCUGGUCGUUUAGGACUGGAGAAUGUAAACUCAGUUGAGGCACUGCAGGAAACUCUAAUCAGAGCCCUCAGAACCUUAAUAAUGAAAAACCAUCCCAAUGAAGCCUCCAUUUUUACCAAACUGCUUUUGAAGCUUCCAGACCUCCGCUCCCUCAACAACAUGCACUCAGAAGAGCUGUUGGCCUUUAAAGUUCAUCCAUAGCCUGAUUUAUUUUUGCAACUCAUUCAUCAACUCUGUUGUAUAUUUUGCUGUAUAGAAUGUUCACAUGUGUACAUACUUUACAAUUUCCUUCACAAUCUUUGGAUAUCUGAUUGAACAGUGGUAAAAAGGCAGAACUAAAAGAAAAUUAAAAGCAUCCUGGUACUGUAUGGCUGUUUGCCUAUUACAAAAAAGGAAAAGAAAGUUAUUAUGAUGUUUGCUAGCACAUAUUUUCUGAAGCACCUUUUUGUUGAAAGAAAAUAUAUGUAAUGUUAGUGCAAUAGAAGUUGUGUUUUUCUGUGUAUUGUAUGUACAAUUGAGGAGUAGCGUGUUCAGGCUAUGGAUGCGAUUGUAGCAGUUAGCCUGUUUCUGCAUAGACUAAUAAUGCCUGGCACGUAACACAGGUUAAAUGAUGUGUUGUUAUUACUACUGCUACUACAAAAAAGAAAGAUUAUAAAAUGCCGUAAUCACUGCUUAUGCAUGGCUACCCAUUAUGAUUGGGUAUUUUGUAGAUUUAGUGCCUGCUUGUUCAGAAGUGUGCACUGAUAAGCUGAGUGGGUUUUAACCCAUGAUAUGAAGAUGCAGUAGCUUUUUUAUUUAAUUUUCUGCAAAUUGUGCAAGUCUGUAUUAAACGUUAUUGUUGUUUGUUUUUUGACUAUGUAAACUGGAAUGAAUUUCCUCUUUUACCCUCUUACCUGCACUGUUUGACACUGCCAGGUCCAUCGUUAUAGUGAGAUAUGUUAGUGAAACAGCCCAACAGUUUACAAUCUUUGAUGGCUCCACAAAAGUGACUGUCCACUCGACCAUAUGGUUGCAGACAGCUGAUAGAGGAGCGAAUGCUAUUGAGGGAUUUUUUUUAAAUGAGGUGGGGUGGGGAAAAGCAAUCCUUGAAUGUGCAGCAACCUGCUUUGGAACAGCAGAUGGGGAUAGAAUUUAAUUGACAUUAGUUAUUUUGGAACUUUUGCUUUAGUGCCACUGUACCUGUGUUACAUAUAGAUUGUACUGUUUUUACACUGUUGAGAUUGUAAUGCAAAACUUUUUUAGAUCUUUUUUCAUUGUUAUUCUCAUCAGCAAAAAUGUCUUGUCUAGUACUCUCUUUUAAGUGUAAUCAUCUAGUCUCUAAAUUGUACACUACUUUCUCAGUGGUAC